AUGCCCCCCUCGCAGGGAAAGCGCUUGACUGACAAGCAACGUGGGAUGGUCGACGCUAUAUUGAAAGCCGCCAUCGAUGGUGGCACAUGUUUCAAUUCUCGGCUUGCUGUUAAUACAUACCUGAAAGAUGUAGUAGCAGAUGAUUUACUUCUUUCCUGCGGUGACGAAAUCGUUGAUCGUUGCUUCGUUCUCUACGCAGAACAAAACACACAGCUUCGUUCGCCGUCAUUGACCGACACAUCCCAAUUGAGUCCAUUGGAUACGAGCCAAGACGAAGACGAUACCUCCGAUGAUGACGAUUCCGGGUCUCCUUCGUUCGGUCCAGAGAGUCCCACGUCGAUCAAAAGCUACCUACACCCACACGCGAACGACUAUAGAUCUAUAUCGGUGAAGACUUGCAGGGGAGGUGUCAGCUAUAUUUCGAGAACCUUUGUACUUCAGCAGCUCUGCGCAGGGCUCAAGACGCACAUAAUACUCGAAUGGACGGAUGUGGGUAGUGGCAAAGAGCUUUCACGUACCAGGUGUGAAGUUGUUGACCCAAAACAACUUUCAGAUUGUCAAUUGGCAUUGGCAGAACAUCAUGGUAAAAAUGAUUCGGAUAUUGUCGAAAGGUUACUGCAAGUGGAGGAAAAUAUAGAAGCCAACUGGUUGAAUGAAGCAAGCGGAAGCCUAGAGGCGGCUGCAAGUCCGAAGCUCGCUGCACAGUAUAGCCCGCUGGUACUUAGCUAUUUGGCGCAAUUGCAGGUUAUGGCUGCCAUCGAAAUGGCCAAAUCGAAGAGAAAAUUAGCAUUGCUUGAUCCGAUCGAAAUUAAUUCAGGUGCUCCGAAUAAGAGGAGAAGGCAGGAAUAA